UGCUUCCGCCCCACGAAAAAGGAGAAGAAAUGAUGAUGAUAGCCACCUCCCACCCCAGACCAAAAGGAGAAGUAGGAAUCCCAUCUUUCAGGACUCCUGGGACACACAGUCUUCAAGCAGUGACAGUGGUGGGAGUAGCAGCAGCAGCAGCAGCAACAGCAGCAGCAACAUCCCAGACAGGGCCAGUGGACCAGAGAGAAGCUUGAGCCAGCUCAUCCCGGGAUCCUGCCCCAGCACCCAGCCAGUGCCCAAGCAGUCUGCACUGUGAAAAAGCCCUUAUUUCAAUAUCAAUCAGACCCUGAAGGAAGCCCACUUUCACAGCCUACAGCACCGAGGUCGGCCUCUGACGUGAUGCUCCAGCAGUUUCUCGCCUUCUGUGAAGGGGCAGCACUGUACAGAUUGGGUAUUUCAACUGAAUGAUUUGUUUGUUAAAAGUUACACACAGAAAAGAUAUGCCUGUUGGCUUUCAGUCUAUAUUUGAGUAUUGGGUCAGCAGGCAGAUGUUUACCUGGGGUUUUGCUGCACUAUCAUGAUUUUAGAGGGGUUUGGGAGCAAUAUUUUAUAGGAUUCUUUUCAGAGAGAGAGCAUCAGG